AUGUCAUACUUGCAACCGUCAGGGCUUGCAAUAUAUGUCCAGAGUCUUCUAGACACCAUUAAGCAUCACGAGGAGCAUUCCGAUGGCAGGUCUCGAACACAUCCUCCUCAGUCCAGCCCAUCAGCAUCUUUGCAAACCUCUCCUGCGCAGGCUUUCAAUUCGACCGAGGGAGCAGCCCCUGAGAAUAUUGCACACAGCAUUCAUGGGGACUUCUCACUCAGUCCAGCUACCGAGCUGGCCCCCGGGCCUGCUUUUGAGUCGCGCGUGAGAUCAAUUAUGCGAGAACAUGUGGGCCACUAUUGGGGUUCCGGAAGUUCGACUGAUGCCUCCAGCCUCGUGGUUGAUUCGAUCGCAGAGAGCGGCUCUGGGAGUCGUUGGCGGAACACAACGGAGCUGGUCAAUGAUACAGCACAGCCUGUAUUCUUAUCGAAGACUGAGUCCCAUAGGCUUUUCGAUGUUUUCGUGUCUCUGAUGGGCAUCAACCAGCAUUUCCUCGAUCCACGAAGCUUUGCGGAUUCGAUUGAUUUGCUGUACACAAACGAGGCUGUGCGGAACGCGCAGAUGCAAACCAUGUGGUUCACACACUACCUGCUGGUUAUGGCUAUGGGGAUGCUAAUUGGCUCUCCGAGUGAUAAUCUGGAGACACCUCCUGGAAGUGCAUAUUUCGCGGAGGCCAUGAGACGACUUCCUCCCUCACAUGAGCUGGGUGCUCAUGGUAUCACCUCCGUUGAGAUACUCUGCCUGGCAAGCUUGUAUCUUCAGUGGACUGACCGGAAACAUGACGCAUACCUAUAUAUUGGAAUUGCCGUCCGCUUGGCGGUAGCACUUGGGUGUGCUUUACCCCGUGACGAACAAGAAGGUCUUUCUUCGGAGAAAUGUCAUCGCAAUCGCGUUUGGUGGACGACAUACAUGCUUGACCGUCGUCUCUCUGCUGGUCUUGGCCUGCCAAUGGGGGUUGAUGAAAGACAGAUCAGGGCAGAUCUACCGAAGCCGGCAGCUGGUUUUCAGCCACCGCUCCCACUUAUCAUUAAUAUUCAGAUCGCUCGUGCUACCGGAGAAAUUAUGACUACAUUUUAUGGAAACACUUCCAUCUCGCAGGCCGAGCUUGUUAGAAGGAUACAGAAUUUGCUUCAAAGCCUCCACGAGACGGGGAGAUCUAUCCCGGCAAAUUUCGUAAGCGAAUUCGAGAGUUCACAUGGCAAUGUGAGCAGGACGAAUGCAUCACUCUACCUCAUGCUGUUUCAGGCUAUUAUUCUAUGCAUUCGGCCUGUAAUUCUUCAGUGCGUCAAAGAAAAAGUGCAAGCAACAAAGGAAAACCGCCAACCCGCACCGAUAUCACCCAUCAUUAGUAGACUGUGCUCUUCUUGUAGAGAAGCUGCCAGUAAAAGCAUUCGAAUUCUGUCUAAGCUAAGGGAAGACAGAAGCAUCGCUUUAUUUGGAUACUUCGAUUUGGAUGCCACAUUUUCAGCUGCUUUCAUUCUGGCAAUGAUGGGUCUGGUAGAGAAUAAUGAAGAGUCACGACCACCUGAGGGGCUGAGCCAAUCUGCUAUGAUCCUAAAAUAUUUAGGUAAAGCAGGAAACAAGGCCGCCGAACGGAGGUUAAAUGAGCUUAGACAGUUCUGCCUUCAUGUCUGGUCUCCUGAAAAAUUGUCCGGAGAGUGGAAAUGGCUCAGGGAGGAGAAGACAACAAGGCCAAGCGUGUCGAAUCCCGUGGGAGACCCUGGAAGCGCAAGCGAUACCACACCCUCAAAUCCAAACAACAAUAGCGACCCAGCAGCCGGAACUUCUCUUGGGCCUGGAAUGUGGACAACGUGGAAUCAGAUGACCCCAACAGGAGAAUCGGACGGCGCCCUACUUAAUUUUGAUCAGUUUGAUGAUUUUCAGAUUGAUCUCAGCCAUGAGAUGGGCGAUAUCUACUCUAGUUUCAAUGAUCCUGCCUUACCCCUGACAGGCAUUGACGAGGUGGACUGGGCCGAGGUUGGGAAAAUGUUCCAUCUUCGAGACUAA